CAAGCAUUUCAAAUCAGUUUAAUCUGCAGAACAGAACAGAGAGCUCAACUCAAUAUUGUUUCUUUCAACAACAACAACAGCAGAGAGAGAGAGAGGGGGGGGAGAGGCAUUUAAUCAUCAAGAUCAUCCUUCAAGCUCUCUCAAAUCAAAUCUGAAAUGGCCAAUUUCUAUGAGAAUUACCAAAUCCCCUACGACUUCGACCAGGUUAAUCUCUACGAUCACAACAAUCAUUAUAGUCAACCACAACAAGAGUUUGGUUUCGAACCAAUGAGUUAUAAUAAUUAUAACUGGAAUGGAUCUGAAUCUGAACCAACUGUUGCUUACUCUAGUUAUAAUCCAAUGAGUUAUAAUUUUUAUAACUGGAAUGGAUCUGAGACUGAGACAAACUCUGCAUCUGUUGCAUACUCUGUUUCUACCAUGUCUGAGCCUAAACACUUGUUCUAUGAUCCGAAUCUCUAUACAACCUACGAGUCUCCUCCUCAGUUUAUGAUCCAUCGCUCUGUAGCCUCUGCUCUUGACUUCAACGAGCCUGAGUUCGACGAUUACGAUCCAACGCCGUACGGUGGUGGUUACGAUGCCGUUGCAACUUACGGGAAACCUCUUCCUCCAUCGGUGGAUACUUGUUACCCUUGUUCAAAUGCUCCCCACGCAAAAGCUCCCUCUCCCCCUGAGAUUAUCGCUCCUGUUCCUCUUGGAAUAUACGACGGUGGUCAAAAGAAUGUUGCCAAGAAACGUGUGACUUUUGCUGAACCGGUAGAAGAAGCCAGACCAGUUGAAACCAUUAAAGAAAAGGAUAUAGAAAAACAAGAAGAAAGUGAGGAGGAAGAAGAAGAUGAAGAUGAUGAAGAUGAUGAUGAUGAUUAUGAUGAUGAAGAAGAAGAAGAUCACAGUUCGAGCUCUGGAAAUGAGAAAGAAGAUCACAGUUCAAGCUAUGGAACUGAGAAGCAUGAAACUGUAGUAGAUAAAGGAGAAGUGAAAGCUUUGUACAUUCCGUCUGGUUCCGGCUUAGAAGCAACGGAUCUCUGCGAGGUAAUAUUCGGAGGUUACUUUCCUUGUGUGUUACGUAACAAAAGACUUCAGGGAGAUGAACAAGAUCGUGCGGCUGCUGCUAAUGUUUCUUGCUGGGAAAGCAACGAUUCUGACCCGUGGAAGACGACAUCAGAUUACCUAUUCGGGGAUUCAUAUCCGUACGGCUACGAGAAUCGCACAGAAAGAAAUCAGUUUGAGAUCUCCUCCUAUGGUUACCGGAUGUAUUAAUUAACUCAGGAGUUAUUAGAAGUGAGGUAAGAACAACAACAUUCUUUGUUGAUAUUGAUGAUGAAAGCUGAUUUAUAUUUAUUACUAUGUAUGUCCUACUUUGUUUAUGAUUGGUCCAACGUUCUUACCAAUACUGUCGAGUUGAUCAAUAAAUGUUCUAAAAACAUUUCUUUAAGAGACAA